CAAAAAUCGAUACGCAUACAGAUGACAACAGCUAAAAUCAAUAAACACAUCGGUGAAAGAUAAAGAUCCCAAAUAGUGAUCAGUUCACAUAUCUGUUGGGGACUUUCAUGUUGAGCCCCAACCCGCCAUUUUUCCUAUAAUUUUAAAUUUUAAAUCUAUUUUUAUGAGAUUUUUUAUUUUAUGAUAAGUAAUUUUAUUUUUAAUUUGCAUUUUCUUGAUUAUAUGUUCAGAGAGGCUUCAACUGUACUCAAAAUUGAGGGCAUUGAUAGAGCAAAUGAGCUGAAGAAAGUGAAAUUUUACUUCAAAUUCUCAUUUUUUUCCCUACUUUUUACUGCUUUCAAUGUCAAUUAGCUAUACGUGUCCAGUGUUUUUUUUUUUUCUGGAUUUUGUUGGAAGUUAUGAGUUCUCAUAGUUGUUUAUUUUGAUUUUUGGGGUGUAUGUGAUAAUGAAGGAUAGAGCAACAGGCAGAGCACGUGGGUUUGGUUUUGUUGUAUUUGCCGAUGCUGCAAUUGUAAACAGAGCUGUCAAGGCGUAGCACAUGAUUGAUGGCAGAACUAGUAUUCAUCUGUUGCUCAAACUGGAAUUGUAGCAGACUUGGGUCUGUCUACUGCUCAGGUAGAAGCAAAAAAGGUGAGGCCUAGGGAUGAUCAACCGACCCCUAACCAGAAUUACUGGCAGCAUUCAAGGGUCUCCAGGUCCUGCUCGCACGGCCUGUAUAAAAAAGCUAUUUGUGGGAGGCUUAACAUCCACAAUUACGGAAAAUGAGUUCAAGAAGUACUUUGAUCAGUUUGGGUGUAUCGCAGAUGUUGUUGUGAUGUAUGAUCACAACACCCAAAGGCCUAGAGGUUUUGGAUUCAUUACAUUUGAUUACAUAAAGGGUUGGAGAAGAAACGGAGAGUCCGCUGUCUAGUGAAUGGAUUAAGCAAAUCAUAUCCCUCUUAUCUUAUCAUCCAAAUCUUAUAACUCUACUUUCACAGGUAUGCUUCUGAUUCAAUUAGUUUCCAGAAGCUCAAAACUUCUUAUGAGCUUCUCAAGGACCAAAAGGCUAGACUUGUUUUCGAUGAUUUGCUUCGUGUUAAACGUGAAAAGAUUAUGCCUCAAUCGCAACAGAGUUCCAAGCGCCGUAAGAUGAUGUCUGAUCUUGAUGAAAGGGAGAGGGCGGCUUUUGCCAAUGACUCUAGGGGGAAGGAACGGGAUGAGGAGGAAAGAAUUGCCAAGAAACUGAGGGAGGAGAUUGCUAGAAUACGUGCUAUGCAUUCUAAUAAGGGAGUAACGCCUGGGACUGGAAAAUUGAAAGAGAGUAGUGGUUCUGGUGCUCAGAGUGGUGGUUUGGAUAAGGAGAAGGUGCUUAAGGUUUCUUGGGAUAGAAUUGGUGGUGAGGAUUAUAGUGCUCAAAGAUUAGGAGAUUUGUUUCGCGAGUUUGGCGAGGUUGAAGACGUGGUCAUUAGAACUGCGAAUAAAAAGAAAGGAUCGGCUUUUGUAGUAAUGGCUUCAAAAGAUGCUGUUGUUACUGCAACAAGGAGUGUCCUUGGGGAUCUUAUAAAUCCUCUUUUAGUCAUGCCUCUUCAGCCAGCUGUAGCUCCCACUUUUACAAGUGCUCAGGAGCCAUCGGAAUCUAGAACUCCAGAAAUGAGUCAUCUUGUUGGUGCUGGAUUCCAGGCAUUCGAAGAUUCAGUGUUGGCGAAACUGCGAAUGAUCUAACUCUAAUUAAUAUCUGAAGAGUUUGCAUUUUUUCCAAUCACUUUACUUGUGACAAUUAUUCAUUAGAGUUUAUUGUCAACACCCCCCCCCCCCCCCCCCCCCCCCAACCCCCCAAAAAAACAAAAACAAAAAUUGUGUUCAUACAGGUACACUAUAUUCAUGUAAUAUGCUUACUUAUUGCCAAUUCUAUACUUGACAAUGUAUAGAUACUUAUUGCUAGA